UACAAAACAAAACAAAAAAAAGUAUUGUAAAAGCGCCAUGCCAUCAUCCAUUCUAAGCAACAUUGAUAGCCCUUUGUGUUGCCUUAGCUUGACAGGACCAACAUUUCACAUUGAUACAUUGCUCUUCCAACUGUAGAACAUAAAGGUCAUUGCAUUAUUCCCUAUUCUACCAUUAUUACUAUUAUUUAAACUAUUGAUGUGUAAUUUAUAGCAAUUUAUUUAUCUUAAAGGGGGGGGGGGGUGCGGAGAUGAGACAAGUGCCCCUAUAUUGCUCAUUUAACCUGUCAUGAGUUCGGGGAAAAUACUGAAAAGAUUCAAAACUUUGAGAUGUAACGAUAAUUGCAGAAAAAAAACAUGAUAUGAUGACGCAGGAAAAUCAGGUGAAAACGAGGCUGAUCACUUUUUUCAGUAGCUUGGUAGCAUUUCUAACCAACUCAUUAAUAUUCAUGACCAGUCCGUUAAUUUUGGGCAAGCAGCUGAUGAGAAUCGUCCCGACGAUGAUCUGAUCGAGCGACUAGCCUAGGCAAUACAUACAGUAGUGUGAAGUCGCGAGUUUUUGUGAUUGUUUACGUACGCAGUAACAGAGAGAGGGCUUUAGUCGACGUCAAUUCAAUCAUAGAGGAAUAAUUCAAUUGAAUUAAUAAACGUAUAUCAGUCUGAUGGCUUGUUUGUUUAUAAUUAGGCCUACACCUAUGCCUAGGAGUAACAGUCAGUGUCUACCCAGCAACAGUAGCGCACUCCAGUCCGGGACACUGCUCCAGUCCCGCAGCAGUUGAGUUCACACGCAGCCUAUUCCUGUAAGUUAUUAAUAUAGGCAUAGAGCUUGGGCUACACGACAAUAAUACCCAUUAAAAUUGGGCGAAAAAUUUUGUAUUGAUUCACCUAUGUUUCGGGAUUUUUCUGAAUUUUGUUUUGCUACAUGAUUUUUUUGAAAAUGAGUACUUUUUUGAAAGUGAGGGUAUAGGUAAACUUACCCAGCAAAAUUCCUAUUCUUUUGCACACAAACGACUUUAAGAGCAGGUAUUUUGAAAAAAUCAUAACAAAUAAACAAUUAGGGCAAACAAUUACACUAAAUGAGUAAACCGGGUGAAUUUAGUUGAACUUUUCGUUUCUGGAGUUUUUAUUUUACGUCAAGUACGUAUUUCUGCGCAAUUAUCAUUUAUUCCCCACCACACCCACUUGAUUUUUUUUAACUUUCCAGGGAGUCAAUCGCUCUAAGCUUUGCGAAUGCACUAAAGCCUCUUUUCCUGUCGACGUUAAUCGACGUUAUCUCAAUCGUUAUUCAAACAAAAAUAACGAUUUACAGGAAAAGGGGUAACGAUUGCUAUCGUUAGCAAUCGUUGAAGUUAAAAUGGGUCCAACUUUAACGACGAAAAACAAAAGAACUGGCCAAUCAAAUUAUCCAUCGAUGAUGUCAUUGAAACUUUUCUGUUUUUGCGCGCUAGGCCUGUGUGGUGUGGGUGCUAUUACACGAAGCAAUUUUCGUCUCCUUGCUCUAAACUCAAAUGUAAGUACUUUGAAAAUUGAUAGACAUAGGCCUAUUAUGGAUGUAUAUUAUUAUGAUAAUUAACCUAACAGGUAGCCAUUCGAUUUUACUUAUUCCCACCCUCCCGUUUAGUCUAGGCUAGGGCCAGCUAGCUCUGCAAUGGAACGCAAGGCAAUCACUCUUAACUCCCUUCCCUAUGGAAAGGAAGCUGCCAAGCGUAGUCUAGCGUAACUUUAUCUGAGCCCUAGUUAGACAGACUCAAUUAUCAUAUAUCUCAUGGAUUAGGCCUAGUGAAAGUACACUGUAUUUCACAAAUUUAUAAAAUGAUAUGUCAUUUGUAUGUAAUGUAGGCCUAGUUCUCCGUUUUUGAUUUUUCUAUUUUGAUUUUUUUUAGAAGGCCCUUCCUUAGCCUAGGCUUAGGUAGGUACAGUAGGUACAUUUAUUGAUUAUCAUUAAAUUUUAGUCCCAAGAUGGACCAUAGUGAAAAAUCCCUUAUGGAAGUUGUGCAGAGAUUCGAAAUAUUAUAUGAAAGAAGGGCUGCCAACUACAAAAAUAAGAGAACCAUGAAAAAAAAUGCUCUAGAAAAAGUGGCGGACGAGUUGAACUACAUGAAGGUAAAAUGUAGGGGAGAGGCAGCCUGGACGGGAGAUCUUGUAGAACGGGCAUAUAAAAAUGUGCGUACUCGCUUUUCGAGAUACCUUAAAGAUUAAAAAAAAAGAUGAGAUCAGGUGCAGGCGUGGCCAAAAUCCAGGAUGCUGUGAGCAAGGAGUGGGAGGCCCUCCAGUGGCUAGUGCCUUACUACAAGGAACGAGUUGCAGCUGAUACAUUCUCUUUGGAGGAAGAGGAAGAUAAUAACCAGGAAGACUACUCCUUUGAUGAGGGUUCUGAGACACAGGCUACUACAAUUCUUAAGGCUAUAGAAAGUUCAUUCGAGGAUACUGAAAUUGAUAUCGAUCAAGAUGUGGAGGACUUUGAAACUCCAGUACAAGCACAAGUUUCCCCACAACAACCUGAACUUGUUUCUAAGAAGAGAAAAGUAGCAGAUAGAGAAAACAUUGAAGAAGGAAGCAUGUCAGCCCAUUUCCAGUAAAUAUGAGCAGACUGUGAUCGAUUUCAUUAACAAACCAGAAGUACCGCAGGACCGGAUUACAAAAUUUUGUUCUUGGUUACAAUCAGAAAUAAAAGGCAGAUCAGAGAUGGACCAAAAAAAAAAUAAUGAAAGGAAUUAAUGAUUUAGUUUUUGAAUAAGUUGUUAAAAAAUGUAAAUUGUAAUAGACGGAGUUAGCAAUAUUUAUUUAGAAACGAGCUAAGAGAUGUAGGCCUAGGCCCUCUGUGAUACUCUGUUUAUUAUGAAAUAUGUAUGUUGUAACCAUGGUACGUAUUUCCUGCGGUAUUUCAUCAUUCUGCCAAGGUACUGAACUUUAGAGGAAUAUGAAUAGUUCGGGGAUCCUUGGCGAUUUAACCUUCGUAGGCCAUCGUCGUCUUUUGUUACACUACGCCACUCUCCAGCUUUAAAAUGCCCACUGCAUUCUGAAUCUAUAAACCCUGAGGGAAUGGAGUGGGCAUUUUCAGUUUUGAUCAUGUAGUUGUGCAACACAACACAAGCCUUAACUAUGGCAUCAACAGUAUCCAACCCAGCCUUGAUGGUGGUACGCAAAAUCCUCCAGUGGGCAGCCAUCACUCCGAAGGCAUUCUCGAUGCAUCUCCUUGCUCUAGACAAUCUAUAAUCAUAGACCCUCUUUUCAAAUGUCUGAUUGUGAAUGGAUUUCCCGUACGAAUAAAAACCGUAACGGUACUGGGUUUGGUCUACAGGAGUUCGUGCUUCGAACAGGUCAUUCCAUUCAUAGAAGAAGCCUUUUGAUGGAGAAAGUGUACCUAUUAGCAAAGGUUUGCCCAGAUCGACUCCGGCUUGAUUUUUGCGGUUCUAAGCGGAUUAUUUUUAUAUUCUCGUUUUCAGUCAAAUUGGCGAAUUUUUUUGUCAAGAUUACUCACAUGAUAUCUUAUAAUAAUGUAUUUGAACACAUAGUGAAGAGAAAAUGUAUGCCCGGAAAUGGCCUUUAAAUAAUAACAUGAUGUUACUCCAAACCUAACUUUCAAAUAAUAUAUAUGCAAUAUAUCUUUAAUAUUAGUAAAGGGUAUUGCAAGUGCUGUGCUUUUUUCUUUUAAAACAGUGUAAACCCAUUCAAUAGUAAUCCUUUUGAAGCAAAUAUGUGACCCAGAAUUAUAAAACAAAUUGUGAGGAUUAAUUUUGAAAUAUAUAGUGUGCAAAGUUGAUAAUACAGUAUGAAAAUGUGGCUCAAUAUCUACAGGAACAACUGUUUUGAUGUAUGGCUUUGUACAGUCAUGUGUAAAGUUAUUCUAUGAAUCUGCUUAUUUUUUAAUGCCUGGAUUAUGCCUAAAGGCCGGUUCCCACUAAACGCGUCACGCGGCAAGCGAAGAGAAUCGCGCAAAGUUCACAAGAGUUGACUUUCGGUAAAGAUUGUCUCGCUUCCAAUGAUUCGCUUGCCUGUUCCCACUGCUGGCCGCGCGCAAAAACUCGAAAUUGUGGGUGGAAACAGAGAAGUGAUUUUAUUAUCGCAUUGAUAGAUGGAGGGAAAGGGCUGUGAGACGAAUCAGAUAAAAUCCUCAGGAUUAACAGUCCCAGAACUCUAUAAUGAAUUAAAAGAGUAAAUAUAAACAUAGUUUUUUUUAGUUCAUAUUUAUUCCAGGCCUGAAGCUAGGCCUCCUAAGGGUAGAUAGUAGGUCUGAGGUGUAGCAGGGUAUCAGAGGCCUAAUACUGGUAGAAAAGAGGAGAUAACUCAACUCGUCUAUGCAAAUCCUUUUCCACGCAUUGUCACAUAUUUUCUUUGCUCCCUUGUCUUAGACCUAAACAAGGGUAGCCUACUGUUCCACAGAGUUUGCAUGAAACGGACUCGUCAGUCAUCGUUCGCACAUCUGUACAUUGUUUUGACAAUGGUCGUGACUUUAUUGUUGACCUUUGACAUAAAUUGAAUCUAAGCCUUGCGAUUGGUAAUUCGGCCGCGAAUCCAAAAAAGUUGGUCUUGGAUCAACUCUUGUGAAUUCGCAGACGAAGCCUCCGCGACCACCGCGUCGAAGUUCGAAUAUUUGGCAUUCGCGUGUUCAACUACAAAUUCGUUUGCAUGUUCACAUUGGAAACGCAAGUCGCGUCUUCGAUUCAGCCGCGUGCGCCACAUUUCGACGCAAAAUUCGCUUGAUUGCGUUCAGUGGGAACAGGCCUUAUGUCUGUAUGCUGAUCGAUUUGGUAUUGCAAUUUAAGAGAAAGCUUCAAUUUUUUUUGUUGUACACCAUUUUUUGUUCAGUAUUUUGAAAUAUAUAGUUGAACUUGCCUAUGUUGUAUCCAAAAUGCCAUUUAGAAAUUGUUUGACCUUAACAAAAUUUGACU